GCCUUGGGCUGCCCGGCUCGCCGAGGCGGCUGUUUGACCGCAUCGUUUCGCUGCGAGUGCAGCGGGCGCGCCAAAGCCCGGCAGCGGCGUGGUCCCGGCUGCUGGAGGGGCUGGCGAGGCUGCAGCUUCCCGACUCGCUUCUCGAGCAGGACUGGGCCUCCCUCUCUGGCGGCGAGAGCCAGCGCGUCUACCUGGCGAUGAUGGUGGCGCUGCGGCCGCAGGUCCUUCUCCUCGACGAGGUGACGAGUGCGUGCGACGGCGAGGCGACCGCGCUUGUGGAGGCGCUGGUGGCGCAGGCCGCGGUCGGGGCGGUCUGGAUCACGCAUGACACGGCGCAGGCGUCACGGGUGGCCACCCGCAUUGUGGAGUUCCAAUUAGUGGCUUGCGAUGCUCUAUGCUGACCGCGCCCACGGCUCUACUACGGUUCAUCCUCGUCGAACUACCGUUCGCGCUGAAUCGCGCCCUCCUCUCUAGUGCUACCUUGUAAACGGACACCGCGCCCAGUAGUGCAGCCGACGCGGCCCAGUAGUGCAGCCGACGCCACACCGAGCGUGUCAUACGAACCUUAUUAGCGCCGUGGUGCCGUCGUUGCCUUGCGGCGUGCGUCCAUGGACAGUACUCAGUAGCAGUUCUCGUUCAGUAGCGUGUACCUAUUUCCAACUAAUCCGCAUCUACCGUGUCCU